GUGCAUCUUCCACAAGCUUGACCACGCCGAUCUCAUGUUCGGAGGCGCGUCGACGGCGUGCCGCUCAUGGCGAGGGGCCACGCGCCAGCCCGAGCUAUGGCGCCACAUCGACAUGCGCGGCCACUCCCGGCUCAACAGGACAGCGCGGCUCGCCAUCUCGCUCAGCGCUGGGCAGUGCGAGGCGUUCUUGGGCGAUGUCUGCGUCAACAACGAUCUCAUCCUUUUCCUAGCAGAGCAGUAAGACAACUCUACUUUCUGAUAUUCCUAUCCACAAUCCCUACCUUGUUUCUAGAGGUUUUACUUAUUCGGCUGCCUGUCCUCGAUAUGCUACGACAUCUGUUCUCACAAGUAUUUAUGUCUAUAUUUUGGCUACGUACUGACGACAUGAAGAUAUACCCUUGCAGGGCACCCUCGUUAAAGAGCCUUCGUCUCGUUGAGUCCUAUGGUGUCGACACCGAAAUAUUUGCGGAGGCAAUUAAAAGGUUCCCCCUGCUCGAGGAGCUCGAGCUUUCCCGUUGUAACAUUAGACAUGUUUGGCAUGUGAUUCAGUUCUGCCCACAAUUGAAGCACUUUAGGCAUGUCAAAAAGGGAUACCACAUCCGCGACAACUACUACGACACUGGUCGCGGUACCCACAACAUGGAAGCCUCUGCAAUUGCGAGGAUGCCCGGGUUGCUUUCCCUGCAGCUCCUCGGUGACCACCUGGACAAUGAAGGGCUAUCAGCCAUCCUUGACAACUGCCCACACCUAGAGUUACUUGACUUGCGCGGUUGCCUCAAUAUCCGCAUGGACGGCAGCCUGCGCCUCAAGUGUGCCUGGGUCAACGGGGAGAAACUGUGCCGGUAUAUCUUAACUGAUGACCGGGUGCAUUUUUGCGUCGACCAACUUGCUCUUUCGUAUGACAAAUCAACUGACGACUACGAGGAUUUUCAGCAAUGGCAGACCUAUUAGGUAGUACUGUUUUACGGGUGACACGUACGGCGACAGUG